GUGCUUUUCUUCUAUUCUCGCGCGUGCACUAGUGGGAGUGAAGGGGGGGCGAUGAGUUGAGAGAUCAGUGGCAAUGAGCAACACAGUCUCUACGUUAUUAAAUCUGUUCCAUUUCAUAGAAACAGUCAGAACUUUACAUUAGGUCGGUCACGGAAGCCGGUAGUCCAGGGCAGCGUACGGAGCGAGAGUGGAACGAGAUGGGCAGCGCGUCUUCGGCGUAUCGGAUGAUAUACCUGGACGUGGAUGGACGGAUCCAGAAGGUGGUUUUCAGCCGUUUCUGCAGCCCGUGUGAUAUAAAGGAGUUAUUCUGCACUGCCACAGGGCUCUCCAGGAACACAACCAUUUCCCUUCUGGACUCAACAGGAGCAAUGGUCUCCAUCGACCCCACAAUGCCAAACAACUCAGAGAGGUCGCCGUACAAAGUGGUGCCCAUAACUGGCGGACAACUUGCAGAUAAAGAGGAGCUUUUCCAGAAUGUUCUGACCCAGGUGGCAGAGCAGUUCUCCAGGGCAUUUAAAAUCAACGAACUGAAGACUGAGGUGACAAAUCGCCUAGCCAUGCUGGAGAAGAGAGUGGAGUUGGAAGGAAUGAAGGUGGUGGAGAUCGAGAAAUGUCGCAGUGACAUCAAGAAGCUGCGGGAGGAGAUGGCCUCCAGGAACAACAGCAGUUUCCUAGAUGACAACAAGAAGUUAACUCCUCGCAGAGAUGUGCCUUCAUACCCAAAGUACAUGCUCUCCCAGCAAACCAUAGAUGCCCUCAGAAAACCCGCCUUCGACGUCUGGCUGUGGGAGUCCAACGAGAUGCUGAGUUGUCUGGAGCAUAUGUAUCAUGACCUCGGGCUGGUAAAGGACUUUAAUAUUAACCCCAUCACUCUGAAAAGAUGGCUGCUUUGCAUCCAUGACAAUUACAGGAACAAUCCUUUUCAUAAUUUCCGCCACUGCUUCUGCGUCACUCAGAUGAUGUACAGCAUGAUCUACCUCUGCAACUUACAGGAAAAGUUCACACAAGUAGAUAUUCUUAUUUUGAUGACAGCAGCUGUGUGUCAUGACCUGGAUCAUCCUGGGUACAACAACACGUAUCAGAUUAAUGCGCGCACAGAGCUGGCCGUGAGGUACAAUGACAUCUCUCCUCUGGAGAACCAUCACUGCGCUGUGGCCUUCCAAAUAUUCUCUCAGCCAGACUGCAACAUCUUUGCCAACUUUGAUCCUGAAGCCUUCAAACAGAUUCGUCAGGGAACCAUCACCCUGAUACUGGCCACAGACAUGGCCCGACAUGGAGAGAUUCUGGACUCUUUCAAACAGAAAGUGGAUAACUUUGACUUUACUAAUGAGGAGCAUGUUACUUGUCUAAAGAUGGUGCUGAUCAAGUGCUGUGACAUCUCUAAUGAGGUCCGGCCGAUGGAGGUUGCUGAGCCAUGGGUGGACUGUUUGCUGGAGGAGUACUUCAUGCAGAGUGAUCGAGAGAAGGCAGAGGGUUUACCGGUCGCUCCUUUCAUGGACAGAGAAAAAGUGACCAAGCCCACUGCUCAGAUCGGCUUCAUCAAGUUUGUCCUGAUCCCCAUGUUCGAGACAGUGAUGAAGUUGUUUCCUCAGAUUGAGGAGGUAAUGGUACAGCCCUUACGCGAAUCCCGGGACAGAUAUGAGGAGCUUAAACAGAUAGAUGACGCCAUGAAUGAGGUGCAGAAAAAGAAAAGUGAAAAUUUAACAAUGGGAGGAAAAAAGAAAUGAGGAAGCUGGAAUCUUCCUCAGAGGCAGUAAAAUAUGGGAAACGAGUGAAAUCUUGGCCAUCUGCUCAGAAAAUCCAAAGCAUUUUUCAGGGAAUUGAAUCGUGUACAGUUCAGCUAUGAACUAUUUGUGUUGUUUUUAUUUGGUUUUGUAAAAGUAUAAACAUUAUACAGGAUGUACAGAUUUUUAGUCACUUUUACUCAAAAAAAUAAAAGUCUAACUUUUAAAAAACUGAAGCCACAAAUCUCAUUUUUAACAGCAUUCUGUUAUAACACAGUAUUAUGUUCAUUCCUGCCCUCCGAUGAAAUUGUACCAGGAGCCGUGUGACAAGCGUGACUGAAAGGAUAGUGCACUCUAGUGGACAAAGCAUAACACAGCAACUUACCCUUCAGAUAGAGACCAAGACUGAAAGGCUUUACUUAA